AUGAAGAGAAUUUCAGUUGGGCCUUCAGAAUGGGUGGCAAGUCAAUAUGAGAGGGUUUACUUCCGAGGAUACUUCAAGGAGAUGAAAGGAACUUCUACAUUCAAUGCUCAGAAUGAUGGUGAGAGUCUCUUGGAUGAUGAUAAUGAUGAGGAGGAUGAUGGUGAUGAUGAAGAUGAUGACGAGGCUGGUGAUGAUGAUGGGCCCAUGAAAGCACCCAAAGUUCGGAGACUUUGCAUUCAGGCUGAUCACAAAAGUAGGCAUUUAUUCAUAGCUUCUGGUUGCCUUCUCAUCCCUCAAUUGGUCCGUGAAAUGCCAGUCCUGGAGUUAUUCAAGAGUGAAUUUACUUCAAGGCAUUCUCUGGAGUGGAAGUUCCUCUUCCUUGAUCAUAGGGCCCCUCCAAUCAUUGGAUACCUUCCAUUUGAAGUCCUGGGUACCUCAGGUUAUGACUAUUACCAUGUGGACGACCUCGACAGAAUUGCAGAAUGCCAUGCUCAGUUGAUGGAGACAGGGGAGGGAUUGUCUUGCUUCUAUCGAUUUCUGACGAAGGGUCAGGAAUGGAUAUGGCUCCAGACUCGCUAUUUCAUUACAUAUCAUCAAUGGACCUCCAAGCCUGAGUUCAUUGUCUGCCACCAUCGUGUUGUCAGCUAUGCAAAUGUGAAGGAGGGAAAUCUGAAAUAUGAUGGAGAUGGAAUGAGCUGUGGUCCAAUGUCCCCUGGAAUGUCAUCCACAGCCUCAUCAUCAACCUCUGCAACAACUGGUGGAACUGCCAGCAUUCUGAAGGCUGGUGAUUCAGACAAUUUGUCCUCCUGCAGUCCCAUGAAGAGCCCAUCUGGCUUAUCAACUGUGUCUUUCAGAGAACCAUAUUCAGUACAGAAGCCCCUUGUCUUCAAAUAUCACCAGCAUCAUCAUCUUCACCAGCAUCAUACAACCCUGUCUCAUAGGCAGCGGUCAGACUCAUCAUCCAUGCACCCAAGGAUGAGUGCAUCAUCUGCCCCAUCUCCUGAGUCAGUUGUUACUUUUCAUUCAGAUCACAUUGGUGGCAUACUUCGUGAUUACUCAAACUACAGAAGUAUGGUCACUGAUUCAGAUGUUGCAUCCAUGGUCAGCUCGACUGGCUCUCAUUGCUCUAAGGCUUCCCAAGGCAGCACGGCAUCAAUGUUGGACUCAGAACCCAGUGUCAAGUCAUCAAACCAGACAACUGGCUAUGAGGUUCCGACGCAGAUGCAUUCAUUGCAGGGGCAAAUGCCAGGUCCAGGUGGGCCAGCUGGAUCUAUAGUGCCAGUAUCAUGGAGCAUUAGCAGUCCCAUGGGCUCUGCUGCUUCCCCUCCUGCUCCUACUCCUCAAGUAACAGUUGCUCAGUUAAAUAUCAGUGAAGACCCUUGGCAGUCCUCUCAAUCUCUGGUUGUACAAGGACCUCAAGGACAGCCGAGUCCUCAAGUCGUGUCUAAUCCUGUGAGCCCCGUGCAGCAGAUGCCUCCAUCAUCCAUCCAAUUGGUGGAGACAACACAACCAUCAUUAGUGUUGACCCCAGCACAGCUGCGUCUUCAGGAACAACUUAUCCGGAAGCAUGCUGAACUUAGACAGCAAUUGCUGCUGCAGCAGACUGAGCUGCGUCAGAUUGAACAGCAGCUCUUUAUCACUCCUCAGCCACGGUGUUCAUGUGGGCUGUUGCCUAUGCCCAGCAUGUGUUCUGCAACAUCAUCUUCUCUACCAGCUGCCAUUCAUACUUCAAACCCUAAUUUAUCUCACAUGGUUCAUGCUGCUAUUCCAAAUCUCAGCACUGUGUCUGGUCUUAAUGAACCUCUGUUGAAUGUGAGUAGGGGUUCAUUGGCUUCUGGAUUUCCAACGGGUGCUUUCCUCACCCAUAUCAACAUUCCAGGUUCUGCUGCUCCUCUUGCCCAUCAGCCAGACCCAUAUGGAAAUCCUGGAGAGUUCCACACGCAACAUCGUGAAGCAAGCAACAGCAGACGACAUCAUUGUCAACCCAACAUCGUCGCCACUCCUACUCUGCCCUCCAAUGCUGCACUGUCGCAGAUAGUUUGUCGCAAGCGACAGCGACAACUAGGUGAUGAAGACGACGAAGAUGGCGUGUGCAUCAUUCCUCGGCGUCUACAGUGCACCACCGACGGUCAGAGCUUCCUGAUUCAUUCUGGAGAGAAUCUUGUCUUCGCAUUGUCCGUCCUUGCUGCAGCUGAUCAAUGGUUCGCCGAUGGGACUUUCAACGUUGCCCCACCGGGUUAUACUCAGCUGUACACCAUUCAUGCUCUGAUGGGGGAGUCGACGGCUUUGCCAUGUGUCUUUGCUUUGCUGAAAGAUAAAACAGCCAGUUCAUAUACGGCAUUGCUUUCACAUAUCUCUGACGCCAGUCUCAGGGACCUCGCUCCACAAUCCAUCAUGCUGGAUUUCGAGGCGGGAGCUAUUUCAACCUUCCGUCAGCGAUUCUCGUGUGCUACUCUAAAAGGCUGUUUUUACCAUCUUGCUCAGAGCAUCUGGCGUUGGGUGCAAGAAGGUGAACUCCAAACCCGCUACGCUGACGACAUGGAGUUUGCUUUAUGGUGCAAAUGCUUGCCUGCGCUGGCAUUUGUCCCAGAAGGAGAUAUCAUUCCAGCGUUCGAGGCCCUGACUGAUGCUCCAGGCUUCCCUCGAGAGCUCGACCCGAUUCUUGACUAUUUCGAGUCCAACUACAUUGGAAAUGUUGGAAGAGGUGGUCGUCGCCGCCAGCCUCUGUUUCCCCCUUUGUUGUGGUCGCAGUACCAGCGUACCGUUGCUGGCCUCCCCAGAACCAACAAUUCCGUGGAGGGAUGGCACAACGCCUUCAGCAGCUCGGUGAACAAAGCCCAUCCUUCGGUGCAAGCCCUGGCUCUGAAGCUUCAACGAGAAGAAGCUUCUGUAGCAGCUCUAUCGGAGCGCCUUGGGGCUGGGCAUCAGCUUCCAGUGCCCCAGAAGAAAUAUCGCCUGUUGAACGGGAGAGUGAAAAUUGUCGUUUCUGGGUACAAGGGUGCCGAAUUUCCCAAGUACUUGACGAGUAUUGCUCAUAAUUAUGAUUUUUGA